UGAACAUUAUGUCGUGUGUACAGUCGCUGUAGGACAUUCAUACACUUGCCUCUCCUCACAACCUCGUAGAUCCUCGCUCAAUGAGCGUCGGGGGUUAUUUUUUACCCGUUUCCCUUUUUUUUUCACCGCUGCCCCACUCAACUCUACUUUCUGCCACUCAGGCUGCCCCAUUUUGCGGACCUCACUCAAGAUUUGUAUGUUGGGUUUUACCGCCAGCAUUCAUUGAGGCUCAAGAUUCCGACUUUGUCAUCAACACUCCGCAAUAGCCAGCGAUAAAGCGGCGACAGAGUCACAAUGCCCCAAAACGAGUACAUCGAGCGGUGGAAGAAGCAGCAUGGUGUCCGCCUCGACCACGAGGAGCGCGCGCGCAAGCGGGCGGCCCGCGCCGAGGGCCACGAGAAGUCGGCAAAGGCGCAGAACCUGCGGGGCCUCAAGGCUAAGCUGUUCGCCGAGGGACGGCGCAAGGAGAAGAUCCGCAUGAAGAAGGCCAUCAGGGCGCACGAGGAGCGCAACGUCAAGGGCGCCGCCGCCGACAAGGAGCCCUCGAACCCCGUCCCGGCCUACCUACUCGACCGAGCCACCCCCAACGCGUCCAAGGCUCUCUCGUCCUCUAUCAAGCAGGCACGCGCUGAGAAGGCGGCCAAGUUCUCUGUGCCCAUCCCGAAAGUGCGCGGUAUCAGCGAGGAGGAGCUCUUCAAGGUUGUCACGACGGGCAAGUCCAAGAGGAAAUCGUGGAAGAGGAUGGUUACCAAGCCCACCUUUGUCGGCCAAAAUUUCACGAGACGGAAUCCAAAAUACGAGCGCUUCAUCAGGCCCAUGGGCCUGCGAUACAAGAAGGCCCAUGUCACUCACCCUGAGCUCAACGUCACGGUUCAUCUACCAAUCCUUGGAGUGAAAAAGAACCCGUCAAACCCUCUUUACACGCAACUGGGUGUUCUGUCCAAGGGAACUGUCAUUGAGGUCAACGUGUCUGAGCUGGGAAUCAUGGCCGGGAACAAGGUUGCUUGGGGAAGGUAUGCCCAGAUCACGAACUCGCCGGAGAACGACGGAUGCGUGAACGCGGUGCUGCUGGUCUGAGCCAGAUUAUGCCCUCUUAGAUUCUGAGGUGGCUGGCUCCGCGGUAUGGGAAUUACGCCGCCGCCGCCACCGGUCCGAAACAGGAGCGGCAGCUUCUAUAGCAUAGGCCGUUGGAGGUAAUCGGGGAACCAAGAAAAGAGCUGGGAGACGUGGCGUAUUGAGUGCCGCCCUCGUCGACAAAAGAAGAACUGGGCCUCGUGAGCUAGAAAAGCCGAGUCCAAGCUGGGCGAAUAGCUCUGUCUUGCUCGGAGUUUGGGAUUGAGAGACGGUGGGAAUGCGGCCGCCGCUACCGAAAUCGCUUCAUAGCAGGUCACAGGUACCCCUCGCGGAGAGCGCGGCGCGUCUGUUAAGGCAUGGCCAACAUGGCAUAUUCUUGGAGGUCUAGAGGGUUUGUUGGUUUAACUGGGCAAUAGCUAUUUAUAUCAUGAACGUACUCUUGGUUUGGGGAAAAGGGAACACCUACCUUCCUAGAUAAAACGAAGACAGAUGGAAUGACACGGUAAAGCAAAAAGGAGCCC